CCAAUUUGUUCUCUCUCCCUCAUUAUAAUGAGUCUUGCAUUCUAUUGUAACACCAGGGACGGCUUCACAAGCUUCUUUUGUCCUGUUGUAUGCUUUCUCCUAUUAUAUAGCUAGCUUAUCUCUAACAGCUUCUCUCGCCCCUUCACUUUUCUAGUUCUUGAGAGAAGCUAUACUUAAGUAUGAUCAAGUUGAGGUCAAAGAUGUUCUGCAGAGCGAGUUUUAAGCUUGGUGGCAAUGGUGCUAAUGGCAAUAGUAAUAAAGGAAGUGACAAAGCAGGGUCUUGCGGAGGCCUUAGUGAAAUCAAAUGGGAGCUUAGGCCUGGUGGAAUGCUUGUUCAAAAGAGAGAAAGUGGAGAUAGUGUUGGAGAGUUGAUUUCAGUUAGAGUCUCAACUCUUUCUCAAUGGCAUGACAUUUCCAUUGAAGCAACUUCAACUUUUGGGGAAUUAAAGAUGGUAUUGUCAUUGGUAAGUGGGUUGGAGCCAAGAGAGCAAAGGAUAUUGUUCAAAGGUAAAGAGAGAGAAGACAGUGAAUACUUACACAUGGUAGGUGUUAGGGACAAGGACAAGGUGUUCUUGUUAGAGGAUCCAGCCAUCAAAGAAAGAAAACUUCAUGGCUUAGCAGAUGGAACUCCUUGUACAAUAAGUGUAUAAUACUAAUUAAUUAAAAAGAACCUAUUACUGCUGUCCCUUUCAUCACUAACCACCAAAGAAAAAAUUGCCCAAAAAUGGUGAUGGUUUUCUCUCUUAACUUGAGUAUUAGAUCAUUGACUUAA